AUGGAGGACUCCGACGACCUACCGCAACACUACGACGACGGCAACCGAGCGUUCCUGCAGGCCUUCAUGGCGCGGGGGACAAUGACGUUCAAGGAGGCGCAGCCGAUCCUGGCAGCCAUCUUCUCGGCGCAGAACCCCGGGGAGCCGGCGACGGCGGCGGGGGAGGUGACGCGGGAGGACUUCGAGUCGUACGUGGCGGCGGCGUCGGCGGCGCUGUCGCCGUUCGACAUGGAGAUCCGCAGCACGACGCACCAGGCGCGGCGGGAGCGGGUGUGGGCGCUGGUGAACACGACGUCGGACGCGCUGACGCGGCUGGCGACGCUGCACUCGGCCGAGGAGAUCGCGUUCGUGCGGCGCGUCAUCGACGCCAUGUUCGAGCGCUACAACUCGCCGCGGCUCGAGCUCAUGUGCCUCGACGCGAUGCAGGCGAACAAGCUGCGGGCGCCGGCGGCGCGGGGCUCGGACGACGACGGCGGCGGCGGCGAGGAGGAAGGGGGGGCAGGGGAGCCGAGCCAGCCGCAGACGCAGGCGCUGCGCGCGCUCAAGCCGAGCGAGGUCGAGGCGGUGCUGCGCAGCAUGGUGGAGGCGGGGUGGUUCGAGCGCAGCCGGGCCGGGUUCUACAGCCUGAGCGCGCGGGCGCUGGCGGAGCUGCGCGGCUGGCUGCCGGCGGCGUACAACGACGCGGACGCGGGCGCGGGCGAGUGGCAGCGCGUCAAGGCGUGCGAGGCGUGCCGCGAGAUCGUGACGCAGGGCCAGCGCUGCGCCGAGCGCGACUGCCUCGCGCGGCUGCACGACGCGUGUGCCGAGGCCUUCUUCCGCGGGCGCGACGCCCGCCAGUGCCCCCGCUGCGCCCGCGAGUGGUCCGGCCGCCACUUCGUCGGCGAGCGCGCGGUCACCGAGUCCGAAGCCUACCGGCGCGGCCGGAGGCGCAGCGGCCGCGGGGGCGCUGGUGCGGCGGCGGCGGCGCCGCAGGAGGAGGAGGGGGAGGGGGAGGGGGAGGGGGAGGAGGGCGGAGGAGGUCGCGCUCGCGAUGAUGAGGAUGGGGACGGCGACGAGGAUGGGUACUGA